AUGCCCUGCUUCAAGGGCAUCGCCGUCAGCAUACAUGCUAACGGCGCGCCUCUCCCCGAGUAUGGCAUGCAAAAACAAUCUCGUCUGUCCCGGAUUAGUACCUAUAUACCUGUGCCCCAACCGAGCAUCAGCCCCGAUUCGAACAAACCAGAACCUGCAAAGUUUGCCAUAUCUAUUACUCUUUUGACACCAGGGCUACCGAUCCCUUACUCGACACCAAAAUCCACAGAGAGCAACCCCUACCCGAAGCCCCAGUUCGUUGGGGGUCUUCCAACCGCUGCCCAUGGCCCAUCAAAACUAUCUGGCGUGGUCAAUCCCUAUAUUCCCAUGACCAACUCGGAAAACGAAACGAUAGCCGCCUAUAUUUAUUUUGAUGGGAGGUCAAAGGAGGAGGUUGCUACGCUCCUUAGGCCUGGGGAAGAGACUUGGGUUAAUAGCCGCUGGGUUCAAGUCCCUGAUUCGGAGGGCGGUGGUUUGGCCGAACGCGAGUUUCUCUUUCGGGAGGUUGGGCUAGAGCGCUGGCUGAACGGACUGGACCUACAAGGUCACGAUGCUGCAGAGAAGCUUGAACGUCGGCGGCAAAAGUUCGAGAAGCGACGCCGACGUCAAAAGGUUGCCACCGAGUCUUCUGGCAUGCACGUCGAAGAUGGACCCAAUGGACCCCGCGAUACUCUCCGUUACGGUGCUGACGAUGGGUCUCCUGUCGAAGCCGUCUUCGGUGAGGAUGACUCUGACUCCUUGUCUGAUGAUGAUGAUAUUCCUGAGGCAACUGGCCAAAUCAAGGUGCUCAUGUUUCGGGUGCUAGCAUCUGGGGAGAUAAAAAAAGGCGAAUACUCGCCACAGUUUGACGCUCACGAUGACGAUGACGAUACGGAUGCUGCAAACGAGGGCAAUGGAAACGCAGGCGUUGAUGCCGAUGUCGAGCACACUACGAGCUUUGCUAAGCCCAAGACUUUGGACCCUAAAACCAUCAGCACCCAAACUGUGACGGGCAUUGAUGGUCCGGAUAAGCCAUAUGCGUCCUUUACCUUCUUCUAUCGUGGAGAACGGCAACUCCAAAAGAUUGGCAUUAUUGCUUCCUCAAGAGCGCCCCAAACAACCCCUGGCUCGGCCAAAAGGCGAUCAGGCCAGCUGGACUUUUCCAGUCUAGGACCUCUUAAAACAUCCGGUACUGUCGGCUUCUCGGCCUUCAGAGACCAGGAUACAGAAGCUGCUAGGAGACGGAAGGCCCGCAAGAAGAGCAACGGGAAUGUUGGAGGAGCCCUCAAUGAUGAUAGUGAGGAUGAUGACGAUGAGAGUGAACUCAUUGGCAAGAUGCACGAAAUUGACGAAAAGGAUGUUAACAAGACAUUCGCCCCUGAGGACGUCCAGUUUCAAGGAGAGCUUGCUGAGGGCGUAGAUCGCAUCCAUUUAAAGAGACAACACUCAGCUGAACCUGAUCGCCCUGCUACUGCGGCUGCGACAAGCAAUGUUGGUCUAUUUGCUUCCCUUGCGAACUCCUCCUCGGAUGCUAGAGCGACCACUGAACCCGGUCAAGCACCGACAGACCAGGCUGUUUCAGUGGAAUCAUCAAUCGGUAGCCCUCUGAAGAAGCACCGACCGAGUAUUAGCGUCAAAGAUGAGCAAGGGUUGGGGAAGGCGACUAGUUCCAACACAGGAUUUGAUGAAAUUUUGAACCGUUCCCACGAAUCAACAACAGCACCGCCAACUUCCCUUUCAAACGAAGCAGACGAAGAAGAGUUGUAA